GACACAUUUUGUUGAAUCUCAUGACAGCUGAACCCGGAAGUCGGAGGGUGGUGCUUUGCUAAGGGCUGGUGGGCUGAUAAAACAAGGCAGCAUCCACCAUGACAGCCAUCAAGCAUGCUCUCCAGAGGGACAUCUUCACUCCCAACGACGAGCGUCUCCUCGGCAUCGUCAACGUCUGCAAGGCGGGGAAGAAGAAGAAGAACUGCUUCUUGUGUGCCACAGUCACCACGGAGAGGCCUGUCCAGGUGAAAGUGGUUAAAGUGAAGAAAUCCGACAAAGGAGACUUUUAUAAAAGACAGCUGACGUGGGAGCUCAGAGAUUUGACUGAAGUAGAUGCCAAAGAUGCGAGCAAGGAGAAUCCUGAAUUCGAUCUUCACUUUGAGAAAGUGUACCGCUGGGUGGCCAGCAGCACAGCAGAGAAAAACUCCUUCAUCUCGUGUAUCUGGAAGCUGAACCAGAGAUACCUGAGGAAGAAGGUGGAGUUUGUGAAUGUCAGUUCUCAGCUGCUGGAAGAACUUCCUAAAGCGGAAGAGUCGGUGCCAAGCGGGGAGAGUCAGAGCGUUGCUGGGGGCGACGAGGACGCUCUGGACGACUACCAGGAACUGAGCACCAGAGAAGAGCAGGACAUUGAGGGCAUGAUGGAGGUGUGCGAGGACGCCAUCUCCAAUGCCGAGGCCUUCGCAGAGCAGCUCAGCAGGGAGCUGCAGGUCCUGGACGGGGCCAACAUCCAGUCCAUCAUGGCGUCGGAGAAGCAGGUGAACAUCCUGAUGCAGCUGCUGGACGAGGCUCUGUCGGAGGUGGACACCAUCGAGGGGAAGCUGAGCAGCUACGAGGAGAUGCUGCAGAGCGUCAAGGAGCAGAUGGACCAGAUCUCCCAGAGCAACCGCCUGAUCCAGAUCAGCAACACCAACAAUGGCAAACUGCUCGACGAGAUCCAGUUCUUAGUAAACUACAUGGACCUGUCAAAGGGACACAUCAGAGCGCUGCAGGAGGGAGACCUGAUGUCUCCUAAAGGAAUCGAGGCGUGCAUCAAUGCCUCUGAAGCUCUGUCUCAAUGCAUGAAUGUCGCCCUCAGACCGGGUCACGAGAAACUGAUGGCUGUGACGCAGCAGCAGCUCCUGUUUGCAGAACUGAGAGACACAUUCGCCCGCCGCCUCACAAAUCACCUCAACAAUGUGUUUGUUCACCAGGGUCAUGAUCAGAGCUCCACCCUGUCGCAGCACACGGCCGAGCUGACCCUGCCCAAACACAGCCCCCUCCACAGAGACCUGCUGCGCUACGCCAAGCUCAUGGAGUGGCUGAAGAACACACACAGGGAGAAGUACGAGGGUCUGUCCAGGACCUACGUUGACUACAUGAGCAGAUUAUACGAACGAGAAAUCAAAGACUUCUUUGAGGUGGCAAAGAUAAAGAUGGCGGGGACAACAAAGGAAGCCAAGGGCAAGUUUGCCACGCUUCCGCGGAAAGAGAGUGCACUCAAACAGGAAACAGAAAGCCUUCACGGCAGCUCUGGGAAGCUCACAGGCUCCACCUCGAGUCUGAACAAGCUGACCGUGCAGGGCGCCAACAGCCGGCGCUCCCAGUCCUCCUCGCUGCUCGACAUGGGCAACAUGUCUGCGUCCGACCUGGACGUGGCCGACAGGACCAAGUUUGACAAGAUAUUUGAGCAGGUCCUCAGCGAGCUGGAGCCGCUGUGUCUUGCAGAACAAGACUUCAUCAGCAAGUUUUUUAAGCUGCAGCAGCACCCGACAGUUACCCCGCCUCUCGCUCAGCCUGAAACAGAAGAAUUAGACGGUGGCACGCCAUCCAGAGUUGCCCCCCAGGCUGAACACAGACACUCUUUGUCAUCAGAGAAAGACCUGGUGCGGCUGAUGAUGAAUAAAAUCUUUCAGAGCAUCGAGACGGAGCUCAACAGUCUCAUCGCUCUGGGGGACAAGAUCGACAGCUUCAACUCUCUGUACAUGCUGGUGAAGAUGAGUCACCACGUGUGGACAGCCGAGAACGUCGACCCGGCCUCGUACCUCAGCACCACUCUGGGGAACGUGCUGGUCACUGUCAAGAGGAACUUUGACAAAUGUAUCUCCGGUCAGAUCAGGCAAAUGGAGGAAGUGAAGAUUUCUAAGAAAAGCAAAGUGGGUAUUCUGCUUUUUGUCACCAACUUCGAGGAGUUUGCUGAGCUUGCGGAAACGAUCUUCCGAAACGCGGAGCGCCGAGGGGACCUCGACAAAGCUUAUGUCAAACUCAUUAGAGCCGUCUUUGUGAAUGUGGAGAAAGUAGCCAACGAAAGCCAGAAGACACCACGGGAUGUUGUGAUGAUGGAGAACUUCCACAAGAUCUUCUCCACACUGUCUCGUUUAAAGAUCUCCUGCCUGGAUUCAGAGAGACGAGAGGCCAAACACAAGUACACCGACCACCUGCAGUCCUACGUCAUCAACUCUCUGGGACAGCCUCUAGAAAAACUCAAUCAUUUCUUUGAAGGAGUCGAGGCUCGUGUAGCUCAGGGUGUUCGCGAGGAGGAAGUGAGCUACCAGCUGGCCUUUAACAAACAAGAGCUGCGAAAAGUCAUCAAAGAAUAUCCCGGAAAAGAGGUGAAGAAGGGCCUGGACAACCUGUACAAGAAGGUGGACAAACACCUGUGUGAAGAAGAAAGUCUGCUACAGGUGGUGUGGCACUCCAUGCAAGAUGAGUUCAUCCGCCAGUACAAGCACUUUGAAGACCUGAUCGGAAGGUGUUACCCUGGAUCAGGAAUCACCAUGGAGUUCACCAUCCAGGACAUGUUGGAGUAUUUCUCCAGCAUCGCUCAGUCUCAUUAGUUUAACUGCUCUGCACUUUGAGUAACUGCUGCCUCACACUGGCAGAAAAUACACUAGCUUCUCAAAAACUAGUCUCUAAUGUAUCUUUGAUCCUGCACAUUUCCUGUGUAUGUAUGUGUGUAUUUUAAUGAAAGUGAUGCAGAUUUACCUGCAUCUUGUGUGUGCCUGUUCUCUUACGAUUCAAACAUCUGCUCUGUAUUUUGUUUAUAUUUUUAUUUCUUUAUGCCAUAUAGUAUGUACAUAAUAAAUUCACAGUUGCUGACUCAUUCAAA